AUGAAGGACUUUGUUGUAAAGCCUCCAUGCAAAAGGGCACCACUAGCUCCUGGUCAAGAAAUUGACCCCACCAGCAUUAGAAGAGGUGAAGAAUUCCCCAAAGAAUGGGAAAGGCGUCAGGCCAAGCUAGCCAAACAGGCCGAGAAGGCCGUUGAGGAAUUCAACAGGGCCUCAAAGGCCUCAGCAGAAGCAGGUGCAAGUGGUAGUGCCAGCGCGCCGAAGAAAUCAAUGCAGAAGAAGCCUGCACACAAGCCAAAGCUCUCAAUGGCCAAGCUAACUGCUUCAAAUGCCUUAGUGCCUAAAGCUACAAAAUCUUCAGCACCUCCACCCACCAUUGCUGCAUCAAGUGCCUCACCUAGUGGGAAGAUAUCUACAUCAAUGCCCAAGCUGAAGAAGAAGGUCACUGCUGAUGAGGAUGAACUAGCUGAAUUGCUUGGACGAAAACAAGAAGAAGCCAUUGCCAAGAAUUCUUCAGCCCCACUGCUCCUAGAUCCCAAGAAGCUUCUAGACUUCAUUGAAAUAUGGUGCAAGAAGCCAGAUACACCACUUGACGAUCUCCACUUGCCUCUAGGUCCUAGCCAUGUGCUCUCUACAUUCAUCUUGGAUGAGAAGCACAAGAUUGCACAAGCUAAGUUGAAAUCAAACAGCUGUCUGAAGAAUAUGAGAGCCAACUACCAUUGUGACAUCAAGGACAAGUUCAUCACUGUCACAAACAAAGUGGUUGAAGACCACAGCAGAAGGGAGGCUGCCAAGUUUGCCAGGGCAACUGAAGAAGUUGCACCUGAAGAAACUACCAGGGCGACUGCAUCAGUCAUGCCUGAAGAAAAUGCUCCACCAAGUUCCUCAGCAAUAGCGCCUCCAACAAAUUCAUAUUUGAAGAUCAUCACUCUUCCUUCUCCAUCAGAAGCGAAGAAGACCAAGGUGGCUGAGAAGGAAGCCAAAAAGAGAAAGGUUUUAGCUCCUCCCACUUCUACUAAAUCAGUGAAGACGGCCCCAUUGUCUUCAGUCAUACCAAUAGAUGCAAUUCCAAUUUCAUCAUCGCCCCCUACUCGUACCAUAGAAGAUCAUCAGAUUGUUCCUUUUGGGGUGAAAUACGUCAUUCCUCAAGCUGAUGACAAUGAAGAAAAUGAUACCCAUUUUGCUGCUACCAGAGAGCAAAUGGGUGAAGAAAUUGAAGUGGAAGCAGAUGCUUCACUUCAUCAUGUGUCAUCACGGAAGCCUUCCAAGCUCCAUUGA